AACAAAAAUCAAUAUUUCUACAACAAUUGCCCUUGUCUCCUUGGAUUCGAUAAUAUGAGCAGAGGCACAAGCUUUUUAAAACCCUAAUAUCACCCUUGUCUUUAAGUUUCUUCCCAUUUUCUCUCUCAAAAUCCUAAAAGAAAAGACCAACCAGAUUAUAUUAUAUAGAAAAAAGAAUCAAUUGCUCAUCAACCACUCUCUCAUAAAAAAGCGUUUUCUAUUUUCCAUUUACUUUUUUUUUUAUUGUUUUUUCUUCUAAUUUUUCCUUGUUUUCGAUAACUUAGUCUUUGUUGAAAACUAGGGUUUGCGCUAAUGGUGGGUUUUGUCUGUUGAAAUUAGGGUAUUUUUGGUUUUCGAUUCUCCUGUAAGGGAAGUGUGGUUGUGGUGGCUUCCCAAAUAUAUUGUCCUUAGCUUUUUGGGAGGAAGGGAACUUUUCUUGUAUAUAUAUUUUGUCCAGGCAAAUAAGGUUUUGAAGGUGAGUUUGGGUUGGAAAAGAUGUCAUCAAAUUAUCAAAUACUUGACAAUAGACCAAUUGAUCAAUGGAAGGUUACAGAGUUGAAAGAAGAACUUAAGAGGCGGAAACUGAUAACUCGGGGCUUGAAAGAGGAGUUGGUAAGACGGUUGGAUGAGGCCGUUAGAUUGGAAAGGGAAAAUGCUGAAACUGAGGAAGAUAAUGGUUUUAAUUCUGAUCCCCAGCCUACAGAUGAGGGAGGGAUUGAAAAGGCAAUGCCAGUUACUUCUGAGACAGUUAAAGAUGAUGUGGAUCAUAGUGGCAGUAAGAUCAAGGAGAGUGGGGUAAAGGUUCAUGUUGACAUUAAUGAGAGUGCAGCUGCUUUAGGUCAUGAAGGAGUUCAAGGAAGCGACAGCUUGGUGGAAAAGGAGCUUGUUUCUGAAACCACCACUAUUCAGACUGAGAUAACGGUUACCAAGAAUGUGGUAUCUGAGGUACCAUCUACUGAGAAAGAGAGCUCAGGAAAAAAUGAGAAUGUGAAUACUGAUAUCGAAGUGGAGAAUGAGGAUUCUAAGCUCCAGUUCAAGACUGAUGAUCCAAAGCCCAGGUUGGAGAAUGAGGGUCCAAAGCCUGAGUUGGAGAAUGAGGGUUCAAAGCCCGAGGUGGAGAGUGAGGGUCUAAAGCCUGAGGGGGAGAAUGAUGAUCCAAAGGGCCAGCUGCAGUGUGUGGGUUCAAAGCCUCAGCUGGACCUUGAAGAGUCGAAGGUGCAGCUGGAGAACGAGGGUUUGAAGGCUCCCCACGAAGAUGACGUGCGUGAUUCGUCUGCUCCAAACAUCCAGGUAUCUGAGGUCAGCCCUGAUUUAGGGUUUCAAGUAAAAUCUGAUUCUAUUUCUACUGAUUCUGUCUCAAAUAAUGAAAAGAUUGAAUUAAAGGAUAAUAUACUUGCUGAUAAUGUCAAAUUAGACCUAGAUGUUGUAAAGCCAGAGAUGGUGGAACCAUCAUCCAGCAAUGUUGUUCCAAUUAGUGGUGAAUCACAUCCAAUGGAUGUUGAAGAUCCGCCUGAGAACAAGGCACCUGUUGAUGAGAGAGAUGACAAGAAUGUUACAAAUGUAGACAUCGGUAAUAAAAAUGACAGUGCUGAGAUGGCAUACUCAGAAAAAUUAAAUUUGGAUAGAAGUUCUGGUGAUGACUCUAUGGAGGAGGAUGUGCUUGAGAGUAAACAAAUUGAUUCAAAAUGUAGUACUGAUGAAAUGGGAGAUAAGAGUGAGAAGAAUAGAGCACCUAUUGUCAAGGAGAAAAGUCCUGUUGGUGUUUUAAGAGAUGAUUUAUCUAUAGAUAAAAAGGACACCUUGGUUGAGAAUAAGAGCCGGUCUUUUGUUCCUGCUGAGAAAAGAAAGCUUCAUGAUCAGGAACCUGUUGGGAACAAUGAGCUUUCUAAACGGCGUAAAUGGAAUUCUGACAAUAUAAAAGUUCCAGAACAUCAAGGCAAUCUUGCGCCCACCACAACACCUAAAGACACCGCUCAGCCUGCUGCUUUGAGACGUAACUUCUCUAGAUCAGACUCAACGGCAAGUGAAGGUACACCAAAGGAACGUGUUGUUCCCCCUUCACAAAAUGCUCCAACCACUUCCCUCAGAAUUGAUCAUUUUCUUCGCCCUUUUACCUUGAAAGCUGUACAAGAACUUCUAGGGAAAACUGGGACUGUAACAAGCUUCUGGAUGGACCAUAUUAAGACCCAUUGCUAUGUUACAUAUUCAUCUGUAGAAGAAGCAAUAGAGACACGAAAUGCUGUUUACAACCUACAAUGGCCACCUAAUGGUGGACGCCUAUUGGUGGCUGACUUUGUUGAUCCCCAGGAAGUUAAAACCCGGCUUGAUGCUCCACCACAGACUUCAACUACUCCUGGGACUUCUGGUUCUACUGCUCCUCAAGCUCAACCUGCUUCUCAGCCCCAGCCCUCUCCACGUCAGCAGGUUUCUAGACAGCAGCAUCCACCGCCUUCUGUACUUCCUCCACCACCGCCUUUGUCUAACCCUCCACCAGUUAGAGAAAGGCUCCCUCUUCCUCCGCCACCUGCAGAGAAAGUAGAUCCUCCUAUUGUCACUCUGGAUGAUCUAUUUUGGAAAACCAAAGCAAUUCCUCGUAUCUACUAUUUGCCUUUGUCUGAUGAACAAGUUGCAGCAAAGCAAGCAGCACAUGGCAGAAACAUCUAGCAGUAGAGCUGAGGCUAUAGUUUUAUCCCUGGCUGCUCUUCUGGUUUUCGUAUCGGUUGGUCUGUACCUUAGAUAAUGGUAAGAAAACUGUCACAUAAUUGCAUGUUUGCAGGUCUGCAGGUUUUGCUUUAUAGGAAGGAAUUGUUGCAGCCGUGCAUAGGGAACUUGUCCAGUGAUGGGUAUUGGUUUUUCUGCCGGCUACUUGUGGGCUUGAGUUCAAGUUCCAUUUAGCACUAAAAUCCUUCAAAACUGAGAUCUCUCUGUAGUAAUGGAUCGAUUAUCCUUUGUUCUAAUUUGGUUUUCCUACAGAACAAUAGCCUCAACUCUUAUGAACCUGAUUUUGUAGAAUUUAACUUUUACUCUGGAUGUUAAUUUUACAUAGAUUUGUUAAAAGUGAA